AUGUGGGAUCGCCGCAAAGCCACAGCAGGAGCUACAGCAAGAAGAGCUAAAGCAGGAGCUACAGCAGAAGCCACGGGCAGUAGGAGGGGACCCCCGCCAGGCACAGACCAGGCCGUUUUUAGCGGCACCCUGAAAGAUCCGCAGCAAUCUUCAGUGGCUUCAUCUACGUCCAAGUCCCUCUUUCGUUCCCGCCAUGGCCUUGCUGCUGCUUCUGCUUCUGCUUCUGCUGUUUCUGCUGACAAGGCAUACUCGUUUUCGUCUCCUCAUUCACAACUCAACCUGGACCUCGAAUAUUCCCUCAGCGCCCUCGCCAUCACCACAGACGUUACACACAAAUAUCGCAUUCUCAAAGGCAAAGCCGUCCCUCAGUCUCUUUACCCAGAAGACCCAUAUACCUCUCGUUUGGAUUAUUCAAGCAGCUCUGCUUCCUCUCCUGAACUAAAACCUCCUCCUCGCAACCCACGCCGCCUCCAACAGCUUCGCUAUCAGACUGUCUUUGCUCCCACUCGCUCUUCCUCUGUCCACAGCGCCGACGACAGCGAUCCCGACGACGACGCCUCGCCCACCACCAUUCGCCGCGGUGCUGCUGCUCUCGAAAUGGCACAGCCGCUGGCUAUUGAGCCCGUUUCCCCUCCCAGCUCUCCCGACAUCACAGCCUGGCGCACAGCCCCCCACGCCGGCACUGUAUCGCCCAUUGACGAGGACUCAGAUGCCUCGCUCGACGACUUUGUGCGAGCUGUCAAGGGAGAAAAAAGACAGCUGACACCUCCCAGUGAGCCUCUGCGCGACAGCCAGAUCCCCCUCACCCACCGCAACCUGCCUGCUCUGCCUCGUCCCGGUCCUUAUCACGCGCCGGGCUCAGACCGAGCGCCUGCAUAUCAGCGGCCUCCCUCACAAAGGAAACCUGUCGCCGACCAAAACACACAAUGGCAUCCUCAGCCGCAGCUACAAGGGAAUCCAGCCGGCCUGGUUCCGCGACACGCCCAGCAAACCUUCAUUCCACAGCGAGACUCAUCCUCUGGCAUGCGCACCAGACACGCGGAUACACGGGCCAUGCCGCUCGACGCCAGACCUCCAUGGCAAGGCGCCAGUGGUCGUGAAGAACAAGUCGCCCCGAUGCGAGACGACCCAAGCGUUGCAACUCUGUCUCUCCCCGUCAAGGGCGGCAAGCGAAACACAGCCAAGGGCGACGGCCACUUUCGCACCCGACUGUCCCACACUGGCAACCCGCGUACGGAUGGAGCAACUGGCCCUGGCGCUGCCAUGCGCAAACUUCUUUCUCCAAGAAGACAUAAAAAGGCCAACAGCCUCGCCACGCAGUCGCCUCGCGCCCAGUACAAUAUGGAUGCAAGCCAAUACGACCCCAAUCCAUAUCCUUCCCCACCCCAUCACGACCAGUACAGAAUGGUAUCCGCAUCGCCUCCGCCGCGUCAUUCUCCAGGGCAGAGCAUCACUAUCAAGCGCAAACCGACUCCAGGCGUACAUGUCGACAAAAUUAGCAACAAUGCACAUCCUCUAAUCUCUGCACACGUCGACAGAAAUAGCAACCAUGCACAUCCGCUAGCCUCUAGCCCCGUUUACGAGAACAACGUCCCGAAACCACCUACUCCAGAGAGUCCGAGCGCCCCUCACCAGCGAGGGGACGCUUGGGCGCAGCCCGCCUCACGAUUCAGCAUGACAAGAUACGCCACAACUGUCGGUGGAGUAACUUCCAUCGACAGCUCUCCCGCUAUUGGCAUGCAAUCGCCCACUUCGUCUCUUUCUCCCUCUGACGAGACAUUGUCCAGGCCAGAACAUUUACGUUCCAUCUCCGACGCCCCGUUCGCUAUACGAAGCGCCUUGAACUCAAGGCCUGAUUCUACUGCCUCAAGCAAUACGCUCAGUACAUCCGCCGUCCCCGGAUCCGGCGCUGCGGUCAGUACGAAGCCGCGGCGAUCGUCGCUGUCAUCGAUGAGCAAGCCGCUGCCGCCUGCGCCGCCAGAAGUCUCGGCGAGCGACAGAGUGACCCAUCUCACCGCGCAGCUCGACAGCUUAGCCAACCGGCGUCUCAACAUCGAUCGAUGUAUCAAGCAGAUGACGGAGCAAAUGCCUAUUGACCAUAUUCUCAACAGCGAUGAAGUCCUGCGGAGGCGUGAAUUAGAGCGCCAAAGAAUCGACGGUCUCAAGGCUGAACUGGCAGAGAUUCAGCGGGAACAGCACGAGCUCGGCCUCAUGCUCCACCGCGCACACAAGCGGCAAAAUAAGGAAGCAGUAUACGAACCAACAUCUCUAUGGGUUAGGCGAGUGGCUAGCUAA